CCACCAAAUGUAUCGGAAACAUGCAGCCGAAAUAAAAUAGUAAAAACUAGCUAGCAAACACAACCGAUCGGCGUGGAUAAUAAGAAUUGGCAGUACUAAAUUAAAUGUUUCGCGCUAUCGCCCUCUGAGUAGCAGCCGCUCCCCAACUGAGAGCACGGAGAAUCCCGCUCUGGCCACUUGCUCCUCCGGAUCGGGCCACCCAUCCUAGCCGAAUCCACAUCCGCCGCCAAAUGACGGACGGCGAGCAGCAGGAGGCGCUGGUCAAGCGGGCCGAGGACGAGCGCGAGGACAUCUUCCGGCGCUACGAACUGGGCCUCGAUCCCAGCAAUGUGGUCGACUCCUGGGAGAAUCCCUCCUUCGAGGUCUACAUGAAAACAGACAGAUAUGGCUUCCUGCACGACGAGCGCCUGCCCACGACGCGCGACGCCCAGGAGACGCACCGCAACAACGUCGAGGUUGAGCGCGUCAGAAAGUGGGUGAAGAUGCUGAAGCAGUGGCCGCCGCCCCCGGACAAGCUGCACAAGCGCAUCUACAAGGGCGUGCCGGACCGCGUGAAGGCGGAGGUCUGGAUGAACCUGCUCAAUAUCCACCAGUCGAUGGAGAAGAACCCUGGCGUCUAUGCCCGCAUGCUCCAGCUGGCCAGGAAGUACUCCACGGAGACGCGGCAGAUCGAUGCGGACGUGAAUCGCCAGUUCCGCGACAACAUCGCCUUCCGCGAGCGCUACAGCGUGAAGCAGUGCUCGCUGUUCAACGUGCUCAACGCCUACAGCAUCUACAACUCGGAGCUGGGCUACUGCCAGGGCAUGGCCUGCGUGGCCGGCGUGCUGCUGCUCUACCUGCACGAGGAGGAGACCUUCUGGGCGCUGAACAGCCUGAUCACAGACCAAAAAUACGGCAUGCACGGGCUGUUCAUCGAGGGCUUUCCCAAGCUGACGCGAUUCAUUGACCACCAUGACCGCAUCAUGUCGAAAAUAAUGCGCAAGCUACACAAGCACUUUACCAAACACAACGUGGACGCCCUGCUGUACGCCAUCAAGUGGUUCUUCGUCGUCUUCGUGGAGAGGGUCCCCUUCAGUUUGAGCCUGCGCGUGUGGGACAUUUUCAUGCUGGACGGCGAUCGCGUCAUCCUGUCCAUGGCCAUCACCAUUCUGUACCUCCACAAGGACGACCUGCUGCGCCUCAAGGACAUGGACGCCAUCAUCGAGUAUCUGCAGGUGCGGCUGCACAAGAACUUUGGCUACAGCGACGACGACGCCAUUCAGGCCUUGGAGCGCGUGAUGAAGAAGCUGAAGGACCUGAAACUGGACGUCCCACCGCCAGCCAAGUCGAACGAGUUCCCCAGCCGCAAGCUGGGCGACUUUGUGGAGGCCGACAUGGAGAAGAAGAUCGGUCGCAGACGCAACGAUUACACGGACGCGGAGAAGCAAGUCAUAACAGAUGUGAUAUCAAGACAAGAACAAAACGCGAUUGAGGUUCAAUCCACGGUCUCCUACGAGACUUCCGAGUGCGCCACUGGUGACGGAUACUCAAUGAAAACGUUUGAGAGUAUCACUAGCUUAGCCACCUCGCCGGCGAACAGUAGCUACUCGCUGUACAGCAACGGAUUUGUAGUGACCACAGUGGACAGUGGCCAAGACCCGGCCCGCAGCCAGAGCAUCCACAAUCUCAGCUACCUGCCAGUGCAUCGUAAUGGGCUGCAGCUGCAGCACAUGCGGCACAGCUUCAGCAGCGAUAGCGACAGUCGCAAUAGGCUGGAUCUGGAUCAGGCACUGGAGGUGCUCCAGCGACAGCAGCUUCCCCUGCAACCGCAUCCGCACCCGAAGACCCCGAGCAGCCAGGUGGUAUCAUCAUAUAUCAUGCAGAACGGAAACGGAAAUGGAAGUGGAGCUGCGAAUGACGACGACGACGAUGAUGCGCUGAGCGUGGAGAACACGCGCCUCUAAUUUUAGUUGAUUCGUAAUGCGUAAUCUUUCUUUAUGUAGUUAAUGUUUUGCCUCCUUACUAUUUUCCUUGAACCCCGAACAUUCGCUAGUUAUAUCCCCAAAACGUACUUAGCUUUAAUUUUUGUACUGUCGAAGCGACAAUAGCUGCAUUCAUCGAUGUUUGUAUUUAGUGUUCUUCCCACACUCCUUAUCGCCCUCUCUCCGAUAUUACCCAACCGAGAGUCUCAACUUAAUAUUCCAAAAACUGAUAACUCCUAAGACUCCAACGAUUCCGUUUGAAACUACGUACAACGAUUAAUAUUUAUUGUUAUCCGCCUUACUACUUUGCCACACUUCUUUACACGCCCACUACUAAUUACUCUACUUAUUACGUACUUUAAGCCUUGU